CCGGGGAGUGGCUCUCACACACGCGAGCCCAAACAUUCACGCGCGCAGAGUUUAUCCGAGUGGAUAUCUGCCGUCAGCUCUUCCUGUCUUCUCUCUCUGCCGGAUCAGCUCACCGAGCUUCACCUAACGGCUGCUUUAGGCGAAUUUCUUGUUCCGCUGAAUAAACCUCCGAGACUGACAAAAUGGCCACCAGAGGAUCUGUUAAAGCCAGUAAAAACUUCAAUGCCACUACAGAUGCUGAGGUCCUGUACAAGGCCAUGAAGGGGCUAGGGACCAAUGAGGAUGCCAUCCUGGAGCUAUUGGUGGGGCGCAACAACGUCCAGAGGCAGGACAUCAAGAUCGCCUUCAAAACUCUGUUUGGAACGGAUCUGGUGGAUAAACUGAAGGGAGAGCUGGGGGGCAAAUUUGAGACCCUGAUCGUGGGUCUGAUGACCGCACCCCUCGCUUAUGAUGUGUCAAUGCUCCGCAACGCCAUCAAGGGGGCAGGAACAGACGAGAAGGUCCUGGUGGAGAUCCUCGCCUCCAGAACGCCUCAGCAGGUCAAGGACAUCGUCAGUGCUUAUAGAAAAGAGUACGAUGACGACCUGGAGGAGGAUAUAUCCGGUGACACUUCAGGACACUUCAAGAGACUUCUGGUGAUUCUGCUGCAGGGGAACAAGCAGACUGGGAUCCAGCAGGAAACCGUUGACAGUGAUGCUGAGGUCCUCUUCAAGGCAGGAGAGCAGAAGUUUGGCACUGAUGAACAGACGUUUGUCACCAUCCUGGGAAACCGCAGUGCAGAACAUCUUAGGAAAGUAUUUGAUGCCUACAUGAAGCUGUCAGGAUACGAGAUGGAGGAGAGCAUCAAGAAGGAAACAUCUGGAGGCCUGAGAGAUCUUCUUCUGGCCGUCGUGAAGUGUGCCAGGAGCGUUCCAGCCUAUUUUGCUGAAACGCUGUACUAUGCAAUGAAGGGUUUAGGGACUGAUGAUAACACCCUGAUCAGAGCGAUGGUGACUCGCAGUGAGGUGGACUUGUUGGACAUCAGAACUGAGUUCAGGAAGCUGUUUGCCUGCUCUCUGCAUUCCAUGAUCAAGGGAGAUACCGGCGGCGACUACGGAAAAGCUUUACUGUUGCUCUGUGGUGGAGAUGAUGCGUAACUGUGGAAACGGUCAAUGAAACAGGAAGUACACCUGAAGUGUCUCGUGUCUAAGGCGGCCUUUGGGCCGUCAGAUCCCAACAAGAAGUUAACACAAAGUCAGCGUCACGUUCUUGUGUGUGCGUGUGAGAGACGGUCCAAUCAGGCCUUUUUAUACUAUGACUCCAAAUAAUGUGUUUUAAAGGUAGCUAACAUUUUUUUCAUGUCCACAUUAAUUAAUGCAGCUUUUGGCCGACUAACAUCUUCACUAUGACCAAUAUUAUUCAUUUGUAAUGCGAAAGUAUCAGACUACAGUUUGCACUUUGUUUGUCAGAAAACAGUAUAUAUGCAAUAAUAAACAUUUCAACUGAUGAAG